UCAUGCUCGAAACGUCGAAUUCUCUAUUCCUGAGAUGCUGCCUAACCUGCUGUGCUUUGACCAGCAACACAUUUGCAGCUGUGAUCUCCAGCAUCUGCAGACCUCAUUUUUUAUUCUUCAGUGCAUUGGUGCCUCUAAAUAAGAAAACAGAUCUGAAGGAGCAGCCUUUUAUAACAGACCACAGGAGGAGAGAACCAGAAAAGAUACUUUAAAUCGACAGCUGGGGAAUGAAUACAAUGUGAAAAUUUUCAGUGAAUUAUGUCUCAACAAUCAAGUAGAAGACCAGAAAAGCAAAAAAUAAGUACUGAACUCUUUAUUCUCACAUAUGGAACUCUGGUAGCACAGUUGUGUGAAGACUAUGAAAAGGAUGAGGAUAUCAACAAACAGCUGGACAAAAUGGGGCGUAACAUUGGCAUGAAGCUGGUAGAAGAUUUUCUGGCUCGAUCAAAUAUUGCACAAUGUCGUAAUUUUUAUGAAACAGCCGAUGUAAUUGCGAAGGUUGCUUUCAAGAUGUACCUUGGAGUGACCCCUCGGGUGACCUUCUGGAGCCAAGCUGGAGAUGAUUGUUCGCUGUUUCUAGAGAAGAAUCCACUCUCUGGCUAUGUGGAAAUACCUGAGAAGCAUUCCUGUUUACUGUACUCCAACAUGAUCUGUGGCAUCUUGAAAGGAGCACUAAAAAUGGUUCGUUUGCAGGUGGAUAUUCAACUACUUCAGGACUUGGUGAAAGAUGACAAGAUAUCUGAGAGUUGUUAUUUCAUCCUUGAAGGAACACCAAGAAGGUGGUCAGACUGAAGAUCCAGCACCAUCACCUGAUUUCAAUCACCAGCAUAGAUGCUGCACAUGUCAUUGAAGAUAAAUUAGAGACAAAAACUGAGGAAAAAACGAUGCAAUGACACACCUGGUUACCCAAUGCCUCGGACUCUGUCAUUCAAGUGCCACCACCAAGCAUGCAAA